AUGAGGAGCAACAACAGCCUGACUCCUCCCUACUUUCAGUUCACAGUGUUUUCAGACUACGGCUCGCUCAGAUUCCUCUUCUUCAGUCUGUGCCUGCUGAUCUACGUGACCAUCAUCUCUGCCAACGCCGUCAUCGUUCUGACGGUCUGCCUGGAGAAGUCUCUGCAUCAGCCCAUGUAUAUAUUUAUCUGCUGUCUGUGUUUAAACUCUCUGUGGGGCUCGGCCGGCUUCUUCCCCAGGUUUCUGAUGGACAUACUGUCUGACACUCAUGUCAUCUCACGUGUGUCUUGUUUCAGUCAGAUGUACGUUAUUCACACGUAUGUAGCACAUGAGCUGACUAUUCUCACAGUCAUGGCCUAUGACAGGUUUGUUGCUAUCUGCCAGCCUUUAUACUAUCACAGUAAAAUGACGUUCAGGAAGGUGAUACAGCUUUUGGCUCUUGCUGUGCUGUACCCUGUGUGUAUUGUUGGCUUCUGCAUGUAUCUGUCCAGCCGUUUGCCUCUGUGUGGGAAUGAACUGCACAGGAUUUUCUGCUCUAACUGGUCUGUGGUGCAGCUGUCCUGUGUGGAGACGAGCGUGAACAGCAUAGCAGGUCGGAUAAUCGCUGUGACGACCGUCUUCAUCCCCCUGUGCUUCGUCCUGUACACCUACCUGCGCAUCCUGCUGGUUUGCAGGAGAAGCUCGUCCGAGUUCAGAGGAAAGGCGCUGCAGACCUGCCUGCCUCACAUUGUCACGUUUGUCACCUUUUCCUUCUCUCUCUUCUGUGAACUGUCGCUGAGCCGUUUAGACACUGAUGAAAUUAAUCCAUUUGUUAUUGUUGUUUUGUCUCUGGAGUUUCUGAUCGUUCCUCCCAUCAACAACCCUCUGGUUUACGGCCUGAAUCUGCCCCAGAUCAGAGGAGUGAUGUUCAGAUGUGUGAAGAUUCAUAAAAUGAUUCCUGCUGCUCAAUUUAAGACUCAACAUGUGCAACUGUUACUGAAGCUUUAA